ACACUAGCCCCCACAUACGCUGCGCACUGCCCUCUCGCACUGUCACGCAAGGCCGCACCACGAAGAGGAGAGCGAAGCGCCCGCCCGAGGCGAUGGCGGAGAGCAUCCCGGCCGCUCCGUCCACAGCACGGCGCGGCGCCGGGCCUUCGUCGGCGUCCGGCCUCCGGUGCUGUGGCGGUGGCGCAUGUGGGUGUGGGCUCGGGCUCGCGCGGCAGCUGGUGCGGCGGCUGCGCCGGCAGGGCAGGCGGGUGCUGUGCGCGGCCCGGCCCCCGCCGACCCGCCGCGGGUGCCAGUGCCAGUACGACCCGCUGAGCUACGCGCGCAACUUUGACCUCGGCGACGACGCCGCGCGCGUCUUCUCCUCCCGCUUCGUGCUCGCCCCCUCCUCGGCGCCGGCGCCGCUGCUCCCAGCGGCCUCAACAGCCGAUCAAUCGCGACUAGUAUCCAUUAAAUAACAAUCGACUAGUCAGGUUGAUGAGCUGCAUCCAUCCUCUUGUACAUACAUAAGGAGCAAGCGAGCGAUUCUUGAUUUCUUGUCACACUAGCAUGCACUCUGGCAACAAGCAAUGGCUUCCAAAAAACUAGCAACAAAACUUGUUCGUGAGAUAACUGUGCGCUGCUGCACGCCUGCCUGUCGCGGCCUCACCGCAUCUCUCACCUUCAGUGCACACAAAAAUAGAAGAAAAAUUCAAAGAGAGAGAGAGAGGAAGAGCAGCAACGAACAGAACAGAGCAUGCCCUGCUUCCUAGAGCGAACGAAAGCUUGAGAGAAGUUUCUUUCUUCGUGUUCUUUUUUUACAUUCAGCAGACAAGGGAAAAUUUUGACCUUCUAAACCAUGAAUUGACGCACGGUCGGGGUCCUCGACAGGGUUCCGUCGUAGCCGGCGAACAUCACCGUCUCCUUCCCCUGGCUGCCUGUGAGCACCGGUCGAAGCAGGAUGCAUAGGUUUGGGUACGGAUGAUGAGGAUGCCACUUCACCAUGCACCGCGCCCUCCUCUCCACCUCGUCGUGCCCCCAGUGCUCGACCACCACGCCGUCGCCCUCCGGAGCUACCCCAGGUUCAGGGUCGUCGACCCCAACAAAGCUCCACGCCGCCGUUUGGGACCACGCCAUGUAGCUCCUCCGGGAACGGAGGUUAAAGACUACACCUUUUGCAUUCAAUUUGGU